GCAAUGCCGGCCACCGGCGACGGUGCAGGAGAGUCUGUGACUCAGUUCCCGGCUGUGAUCGACACCGAGCUCGGCCUGAUGCUGGACGCACCCGGCAUCGAUGACACGAUGCUGCGGUUCAGUGACGACGAGGCCGGUCGCCGUGUGGCGCUGGCCCUGGCAGCGUCUGGCGUCACACACGUGAAGUUCCUCGUGUUCGAGAGCCUCGCCAAUGACGCAAUGCAGCUGCGCAGUACACUCGAGAAGCUGUUCAGGGCGUUCGGUGCGGCGGUAGCACCUGCGACACUCGUGCUGGCCACCAAAGCAGACAUGCUAACCCGCGCUGUCAUCAUCUGCGCGGGCGGCCGCGCCGUCCUCAGAGUGGCCAGCGCCACCGACGCCAUGGCGCCCAAGCGCGCCGCGGUGGCCCUCGAGAUUCGGUUCCUGUGCAAGCUGUUGCUGCAUCAGGAGGUCAAGGCCGACGGCAUGAGCGCCGAGUUGAGCCUGAAGCUGGCCGAGAAGCUUGCCGACAUCGUGAAGUCCUUGAUGCAGGAGACUCGCAAGGUGGACCCCAUCUCGCUGAUCGUCAAGCGCCCGCUGAAGGACAUCGAGUCGCCCGACAAGGGCAGCAAGGCCAAGAAGCAGGGCCACGAGUUGGCCUUGCUGAAUUCCGAGCCGUUCUUCGCCGCAGCUAAGGUGAAGAAGCUCGACGAUAUUCCGAUGUGCUGGGUUUUCACGGUCUUCAAGAAGGCCGCUGCGGAGGGCAAGGAGAUCCCUCAGUCAGCGAUCGACGUGUGCACGAACAACGGCAUGGUGGUCUACCGUGCAGUGCUGCACUGGAUCACAGGGCUGCCCGUGACGCUCGCCAUCAGUGGCGACCUCUUGGAGAAGGACACUUGCGCGCGGUGGCUCUUGGAGAACAUCAAGAACCGCAACACCCUGAACACUGGCAACGGGUUCUUCACUGACGCGGUGAGCACCGCGAACGGCGUGGUGUUCAAGCCGCCGCACUGCGUCUACCAGAUCCUGAGUGGCGCGGCUGGCGGCUCGGACGCCGUGGACGACGACGACGAGGGCGUCGCCAUCAAGGACCUGCUCAGCAACAAGAUCCACAGGCUGGAGGACCCGAUCGCGGCAGACAAAGUCAUCGAGCACAACUACUCGAGGGCCGCGGCGAGCGUCUUCAUUCUCGGCAACAAGAUCCUGGUCACGAAGCUCUUCGGGGAGAACGCCACCAGCAAGAAGGCCGUGAGCGCGGCGGCGGAGGCGGGCAAGGUGGACUUCCUGAACAAGCAGAACAAGCGGAAGGCCGAGUCGGAGAUCGUGGUCGACCUCGCGACCGCCUCUGCAGCGCGCAGGAAGCGCUCUUCCAAGGGCCACUUCAAGCUCGUCCGCGAUGAGGUUGUCCUCGGCCAGAUGCGCCAGUGGCUCCUGCAGCUGGACGGGAUCGCUGCAGUGCAAUUGGACGCGUCCGAGUGGUGCAUCGACGUCGGGGAAGGCGAGCACGAGGGGAAGGCGCUGGUUGCUCCGUCCGAUCUUGACUCGACGGGCCCUGUGACGUUCGCCCAGAACUUCUUUACUGCGGCAUUCUAUUCGCAGCCAGGGGGCACUACUGUCGACGAGAUGAUGCUGCCCUCAGGCGAACGCGUGGACUACGCCAGGCUGAAGGGCGCCCACCAGUUGCACCAGUUGGAGUUGGUACAGGGACAGCCAGGAUCUGUUCCUAUCAAAGUUCAGGUCGCCGUCUUUGAGCUGAUGAAUGACGGCGGGUACGCGUGGGUGGACAUCCAGGACGCUUGCCAGAAGCUCGGGCUGCCAAAGCCGCUCAACAAUGGCAGCCAGUGGUUUCACAAGAGAUUCAAUCGGUGGGCCGAGACCUGCGCGAAGCUCAACUUGGGAGCGGUCCCGCUUCGUCGCAGUCUACCUCUUGGAGAUAGUGGCGGUGCAGAGGACGCCGCCCGAGCGUUGACCUUCCCGACCGUCUCCCUUCGCUGGUUGAUGGUCCUCGCCCACCGCUCUGCUUUCGGCGGCACGUCCAGAAUGGGCGAGGUGAGCUCGGCGCCUGCGCGCGCGGCCUUGGCCAAGUUGCUGGGCGGCUUGAUCGCGAGGUUGCCGUCGACGUUCAGCUUCUCCAUGAGGCUCGACCCUGACGCCGUGAAGGUCGUGAACAACUACGCGGGGCUGCUGCCGUUCACAGUGCACGUGAGGGACAACAAGGUUGACCUCGGGGAGGUGAAGACGCUGACCGCCGCUGGCCAUAUGCCACGAGGCCGCAAGAUGCAUAAGCAGGUCAGCGACUUCUUGACGUUAGACGGCAUGUUGGUGCAGCAGUUCUACUCUUCGCUCUUGAACUUGGCCUUCCACAGGGAGGCCGCUUGCUCGCUGCUUCUCGGGCUGGCACGACAGGCCCUCGCUCGCCUUUUCUGCUUCGCCCUGUCUUUCCGCGCCGUGGGCGCCAUGUGCUCCAGAGGCGCCUUGGAGCGGGGCCGCGCCCAGCUCGCAGAGCACUUGGAGUUCGUGAGGAGCCGCCCGCGGUCGCCGUUCCCCGCAGUCGCCGAGAUGGACGACGACCUCUCGGCCAUCGACGCCCUCGCGGUGCAGGGAUGGCGGACAGCCGCGGCGUUCCGUUGCCUGCGGGCCUCACUUUGCCAUCGCCGAGCCGCGAGCAAGGAGCUCUUGGCGUUCGCGCAGCUGUCCAAGGCGAUGAGCGCCCAGCUUUCGUCCCAGUGGCCCGAGGUCGUCUGGAAGUUCGGCACGAAGAUCGAGGCGUCGCUCUUGCUCGGGUGCAAGCUGCGCGAUUCCGUCGGCGCGCCGAUCGUCCAGAGCGGCGCGGCCGCCCUGGCCCCGCAGCACGCGCCGUGCUACGACCCAGUGCGGUGGCGCCACACAGAGAAGGAGCUCUGCCGCUACGCCAGGGCGACGAAGCGCGUGAUGCAGGUGCUGUCGUUGGCGGGGCCCGACGCGACCAAAGUGGGGACGGACUUCGCCGUGAGCUUCGCAGUGAUGAUGGAGCCCGAGACCAAGCAAUGUGCCAUCAUGCUGCCGCAGGUCCCCCACCAGCACCUUGGGCCCGCGGUCUUCGCGGAGGGCGAGGAGUUGCGCGCCUUGCAGGCCGAGCACCGUGCUGCCAUCAGGAUUGGCGUGCCACGGUUCGUGCGCGCGGUGCCCAGAAAGGCGAGCGUGGCCACGGGGCUGGCGGCUGCCGAGCCACGCAGCGAACAGGUCUUGGUGCUCCUGCGCCCACGUGCCGAGGACGACGGCAAUGACGUCGCCGCAGAGGGCGGCGCCGCCGCCCAGUCCGACUCGGCCGAGGAGCAGGACGACGGCCCCCCGUGGCCCGACGCGGCCGAGAAGGCCCGCCUAGCCUGGGAGGCGGCCGAGCGGGCCCACCACGAGGCCGAGGUGGACGAGGCCGCAGCUUUGCAGGCGGCCGCCGCCGCCGUGGAGGCGGCCCGCGUGGCACGCGCCAUGGAGUGGACCGUCGCCAAGAGGAGGCUCGGCCAGGGCGCGGAGGACGGCGCCGACGAGAAGGAGUCCAAGCCCAAGAAGAAGAGGCGCGUGAAGACGUUCGUGGCCGUGAUGCACCUCAACAACAUGCUCAAGGGCGCGACGGGCAAACAACUACCUCACUGGAUCCCGCCCGUGACAGCGGACGGCCACUGCGCCACGUGCCCUUUCACGUGGCCGUCCUUGUCGGUGGCGACCGACCAGGGGCCCGACAUGGCGGCGAUGUCGAACUUCUUGCAGUACAAGCUGGGCUGCAACAUCCACUUCGAGUGGGACAUAUCGCACGCCCUCAACAACGCCACGAAGGGCGCUCUAAGGCAGUCGAGGCUCUACGGGUUCCAGGUGAUGAUGAUCAGCGCCCAGAAUUGCACAUACGGGUCGACAUUGUCGCCUCCACGGCUUGCCCAGAUACGAGAAGCUUGCUGGAACCAUUGGGAUUCUUGCACGAUGGAGACCGACGUGUUCUUCCAGCUGUGGUUGCCCCACAUGAAGCUGCAAUCAGGGGCCGACCCAGCGGCUUACAUGAGCGACGCGCAGGUCUACGCUGCCCUGAAGGCCAGCCCGCUUCUCACUGCCAAGAAUGAGAAGGUCAACAUGGGCAAGUACCAGCAGCCGAUUCACCAUGCCCGCAGGACAUUGUGCCUGUACGCUCAGAAGGCCUACUUCUUCGGGAUCGCCGCCAUGUCGUUCGCGUACAAGGGCCAGUGGAAGGUCAAGGCGCCUGUGCUGCCCGAGCACGCCCUCGCCUUGGCGGAGGGGGAGCCGACGCUCAAGCAGCAUGCGGCGGCGGCGGCUCCAUGGGACCAGAGCUGCGAGAACCAAUUGGACAAGGCAGCGGUGCUCUUCGGCGACGUCGAGAACUACUACCGCCAGAAGCUCAUCGUCCAGGUCCUCGGGCCGACCGCGACGUACCAUUCCAGGCAGAACAUCGACCUUCGGUCGGCGGAUGCUGCCAUCAAGUUUGAGCUGGAGCAGAUCGUAGGCGGCGAGAUGUACAAAUGCGAGCGCCUAGCGAUGGCGCAGUUCUCUCACAGGCAGUCGUACGUGGAGUGCGGGAUCGAGGUGCAGUGGAGUGCGACGGUGCUGCAUCUUGCCCAUGCUCGCAUCGCGCUUUCCGAUGACCUGGCCAAUCCCACCGUGGACCUCAUAUUGAACACCAUAUUGCAACACGCGAAGCGCAACAUGAGCUUCACGCACGGCUUGCCGCGCCGCCAGGUGUUGCUCCUGCAUGAGGGCGAGAGGCCGCGCUUCAUCGAGCAGUUGAGGAAGGAUCUGGAUCUGUACGACGUGCUCAAGGAGCAGGCGUUCCCAGGAGUGCAGAGGUUUCUGGAGAGGUCCGUGUUUCAGCUGCCAGCGGUGACGCAGCUCGUGAUGUGCCUCGAGAAGGACGGGUGGAAAUUCACCGCGAGGCUCUCCAGUGAUUUGACCGCUCCCGCCAGGAUGAAGGAUUUGACUGAGCGGAAGUGCUGCAGAUUCAUCGGGCAACAAAUCGUCGAGGGCAGCUUCAACAAAAUAAAAGCCAGGAGCGAUAGAAACCGUAACAAGGUUUCGGCAGAGCACACUGUCAUGGCCACCGCCAUAGAUUCAGGCGUGCUGACACAGUGUCAUCAUUACACGGAGGUCGACCGCCACAAGGAGCCCAACGAGCGUUCGGAGUCUUUCGGGCCGCACGCGUUCAAGCCGCAGGUGCUGAAGUCCAAGAUGGACCCAGUUCUGAGGCCUCUGAACCUGUCUGGCGUGGUCGGCACUGGGGAGGCUGGCUGGUAUUCGCCUGGCGCGGGUGGGAUUCCCCAGGCCUACGCCGACCUGGAGCUUUGCCGCGUGGCCGAGAGGGAGGGCAGGAUGGGGAUCAUGAACAAGCGGAUCUUCUGCAGAGUGGUUCAGAAGGGCAUCGUGCUGCGCAAGAUCGGCACGGACGUGUGGCUCAUGGGCGUUGGCAGCGUUUGUGAUACCCUCGGGGUUGGUUGGCCCCUGGUCGCCUACUCUGCCAGUGACUUCACCCCAGAGAAGGAGGGCACCAGACAGCUCCUGGUCAUCCUGGACCCCACCGAGUGGGAGGCGUUCCCCGUGUCCUUUCUCAGCCCGUUGCACAGGGCAGUGCUUGAGGAGAAGGAGAAGCUCGGCCCCAACACGGAUAGCAUGACCGAGAUCAAGUUGAAGGCUAGCGAGCACUACGGGGACCUCACCAUCGUCGCCCAUCAGCGUCGCCCUCCUGCACCCUUGCUUGCGUGUGCUGCGAGGGAGGCGUUCUUCGACCUCCCCGUCUCUUAUCUCAAGGAGCUCGCAGACAUGAUCGAGUGCGACUAUACCGACAUCAGCUUGUCAUCGCUGCGGACGGCCUUAGCGAAGAAGCUCAUUCCAGGUAUUUCGAAUGCGGAGCUGGUCAACAUCCUCGUCAGGAGGGAGUGCAGCUUCGAGGUCGACGAGUCACUGGACGAGGUCAUCGGGCUGGAGUGGGUGGUGGACACCUUGGAUAAGUCCACCAGCGAGGAGCUCCACAAGGCCAUCAAGGUUGCGGAGGGCGUCAAGGGCGAGAUGCGCGACUUCAAGAAGGACGUGAAGAAGUUCAAGGGCGCGCCGCCGAAGCACGUGAAGCACAAGGACCACCCGUUGCACGGCAAAGUGUUCGCGAAGGUGCCGCCGACCUCCGUUGACGACCUCAGCCAGAAGAAGGCGAGGCACGGUGGUAGCUCUUUUAAGGCGAUGUUGGCAGCGAUGCGAGCAGCGUGGGCACUCUACCUCGAUGACAAGUGCCUGCCGACGUCGCACUGCCCCAUCCCUGUUCGUUGGUUCGCUCGCUUUGCAGACGCGUUCGGCACCGUUGGCGUCGACGAUGCAACCGACUUGUGCAAGGCCAACAAAGUCGCGCCCAAAGCUUUCAAUGGCGAGGCGCACAAAGCGGGCAGCCAGGUAUUCCACGCGCAGCGGCAAAAUUGGGCGAUUGCCAUGUAUUUCGGGGUGGAGCAGGCUGGCAGUUCCGCCGCUGUGCGGCGGCCCUGGUCGCGCUACAGGUGA